AUGGCUUUUGUGCGGAUUGCUGCGUUCUGGACACUGUGGUGUUGUCAUGCCAUGAAGACUUUGGUUGACCAGGAGGCCGCCAAUGCAGAUGCAGUGGCCAAAUGCUACAGUGGUCCGGAGCAGAACGUGUGGGAACUGGUCAUGGGGAAGCAGAUCGACAUCGGUGGUGCAUCUUCCACAUUGGAGCUGGCUCAAAGGGCUGGUGUCGGACCAGGAAUGAAGGGAGUUGAGCUGAAUUGCAACAAUGGUGGAGGAAUGCGCGCCCUUGUUCGUUUGGCCGGAGUGGACUCCAUGAUUGGAGUGGAUUUGACCAAGUCUGUGGUGGAGACGGGCAGGAAGAGGACAGAGGAGGAGGGGUUGAGUGACAAGAUCAGGUUUAUCAACAAGAACUCCUUGGAGAAUGGACUUCCCGAUGCCUCUGCCGAUUUUGUGUACAGCAAGGACGCUUGGUGCUACAUGCCUGACAAGCAGAAGAUCAUUGACCAAGCCGCUCGCAUCGUGAAGGCUGGUGGAAAAGUCAUGUUCACUGACUGGAUCGAGGGCGAAGGUCUCUCGGACCAGGAGGCGCAGAGAUACUUGAGCCUGAUGACAUUCCCUGCCAUCCCAACGGUGAAGGAGUAUGCGCGCAUGCUGGAGAAGGGAGGCUUUGAGGUUGAGAUUGCUGAGAACAGUGGCCGCUACUUACCUGCCAUGAACAGCUAUGUGCACAUGCUGAAGAGGCAAGCAGUGUACGAUGCCAAGAAAUUGCUGAAUUGGGAUGAUGAGGCCUACAACAAGUUGAUCUCCGACUUUGAGUUCAUGGCAAAAUUGGCUCAAGAAGGCAAGAUCAUUCAGGGAAUGUUUGUGGGCCGCAAGAGGGAUGUCACUCGAGACCUGUGA